UGGACGUCGAGUGAAGCAGAGUUGCCCAUUAAUUUAAAAUUUGUGAAGCUUCUUUACAAAUUACUGAAGAAAAAGUAUCGCUUACACACGUAUGACAUUUUAAGUAUUACAUUUUACAUAAUAAUUAAACCAAGAUGACAUUUUUUCGCAAGUGGUACGACAACUUCCAAGUGGUCACUCGUGUAUACCCAAUAGAAGGUCGCGACGGCGACCCCAUCGUCCGCAGAGAGGUCAGGAGUAGUUACGGGCCGUCUGGAGAACAUGACGACAGGGUUGGAGGUCCUCAGUUCCGCCAUCGGAAGGGUCGGGGCCCUUUCAGAACUCACAUGUACAGUGAGCAGCCAUCAAGACAGAGGAAUCGUGGGGCUGCAGGAGGAGGUGCUCCAGGACCGCGAUCCCGCUUUGAGGAUGAUGAUGGGGAUGUUGCCAUGAAUGACAGCAGUUCGCAGGAUGGGUCUUCAUCUUCGCAGCGGAGAUUUAAUCCCUACGGGAGACAAAACCGAAGGGGGAAUGGCCGGUUUGAUCGGGACCGAAGGGGAGGAAAUGAUGGCCAUAGAGCUGGAGGUGGUGGAGGUGGUGGAAGUGGAGGUCGUCGGAGCUGGUUCAAGAUGACUAUCCCUCAUGGGAAGAAGUAUGACAAGAAGUGGCUGUUGACGGCUCUGCAGAACCUCUGCUCCGUACCUUUCACUCCUGUUCAUUAUCACACCGAGGGCAACAGAGCACAAUUUUACAUUGAUGAUGCCUCAACAGCGAAUGCUUUGAGCAAAGUUUCACGGAAGAUCACAGACACAGAAGGCUAUAAGGUGACGGUGUUGAUGAAUUCCUGUCCUCCUCCAUCAUUCAUUUUGACUCAGUUGAAACCAGAGGACCUGGAUAAUCUGAAGCAAUGCAUGGCAAAGCGGUUUGAUGGGUCCCAGCAAGCACUGGACCUGAACAGUAUUCGAACAGACCCAGACCUGGUGUCACAGAAUAUUGAGGUCGUCUUGAACAGGAAGAAUUGCAUGCAAGCUGUAAUCAAGAUUAUAGAAGAGAACAUUCCGGAGCUGGCCUGCCUCAACCUGAGCAACAACAAACUCUACAAGCUGGAUGACCUGGCAGAGCUAGUUGGCAAGGUGCCCAACUUGAAGACAUUAAACCUCUCUCACAAUGAACUGAAGACUGAACGUGAGUUGGAUAAAGUGAAGGGCUUCAAGCUGGUGGAGCUGUGGCUUGAGAGGAACCCCUUGUGCGACCACUUCAAGGACCAGUCCAGCUAUGUCAGCGCUGUUCGAGAGCGGUUUCCCCGACUUCUCAAACUGGAUGGCCAUGACCUUCCACCCCCAAUUGGAUUUGAUGUAGAAGCUCCAACAACUCUCCCCCCUUGCAAGGGCAGUUACUUCUUUUCGGAUGAAAUUAAGAGCCUCAUCCUGCGUUUCCUGCAACAGUAUUACAGUAUCUACGACUCUGGUGACCGGCAGCCCCUGCUAGAUGCCUACCAUGAUGGGGCGUCCUUCUCCCUCAGCAUUCCCUUCUCUGUUCAAAACCCUUCCAGGUGUAGUCUUGGAGAGUACCACAAAGACAGCCGCAACAUCAAGAAGUUGAAGGAUCCCACUACUCGGUUCCGCCUUUUGAAACACACACGCCUGAAUGUGGUGGCCUUCCUGAACGAAUUGCCCAAGACCCAACAUGACAUUGCUUCCUUCACUGUGGAUGUCAGCACCUACAUGAACACAUUACUCUCAUUCACAGUCAGUGGAGUGUUCAAAGAAGUGGAUGGUAAAUCUCGAGACUCUGUCAGGGCAUUCUCUCGGAUUUUCAUUGCAGUGCCAGCUGGGAAUGCGGGUUUGUGCAUUGUGAAUGACGAGUUGUUUGUGCGGAAUGCUACAACGGAGGAGAUCCGAAAGGCCUUUGCUGCCCCUGCGCCUACACCGUCCAGCAGCCCAGUGCCCACCCUUUCUGCUCCUCAGCAGGAGAUGCUCAGUUCUUUCUCUCAGAAGUCUGGCAUGAAUCUGGAAUGGUCGCAGAAGUGUCUGCAGGACAACGACUGGGAUUUCAACAGAGCUGCUCAGAUCUUUACCCAGCUAAAGGCUGAAGGCAAGAUCCCAGAUGUUGCUUUCAAGUGAAUAUGGAAGAAGAGUAUUUGUUAUAAAUAACUGAGCUUAACCUUGCUGUGACAGUUGUUAUUGUUUUUAUAGUUUUGUUUUCCUUUUAUGUUUUUAUUCUAGAUUUCUCUUUUGUCUGAGAUUAUCUAAAAAUGAGAAAGUACAGAAACUCACUACAUCUAGAGAUUGUUUGUAGCUACAUGGUAUACUACAUGAUAAGUUGUUAUAAUUAUUAA